AUGCCUCAGCGUACAUACAUUGUAAACUCCUUUGGCCAGCUCAUGCACUGUUGGUCGCUUCACGCCCUAAGCCCCCUCAUGCUCGUCUCUUCCCAUCCCAGCCGUACAGGCAGCGUGUCAAUGCGUGUGCAAUUUGGGUGUAGUUUCGGCCAAGUCACCUGGCCCCCAAGCCGAUUCAGAUGGUGCAGGCGCAACGACCACCAGAGCGUUCUCAGCCUUGGAAACCAGGUUUGCCGCAUUCUUGAAGAGCACGAGGCCAAGACCCUGCCUCAGCCAAUUAAUGCUGCUGCAUGUGGAGGGGUCCCUUGCUUGUGCCUUUGUUAA